GGUGCACGCCGGGCUGGAGGCGGACAGCUGUCUUCAGUUUGUGGAGGACCGACGUCAGUGUUUGUGCUGGUCUGGGGAAGAUGGCGGAGGCUGCGGCUGUUCCACCGCAUCGGUUUUUCUGUCACUGUUGUAAGGGAGAAGUGAACCCCAAACUCCCGGAGUAUAUCUGUCCAAGAUGUGACUCUGGGUUCAUAGAGGAAGUAACAGAAGACUCCAGUCUCCUAGAGGGUGGCGCUAACGGGAUAGAUGACACAGCCACACAAUUUGCAGAGCUAUGGCACCUGCUGUUACUGGAGCGGCCAUUUACAACAGACGGUGACACACCUGACUCAGAACCUCGGCUCCCUGGAGGGCGCUUGGGGGGUCUCAGUGACCUGGGGGGUUUGGGAGGGGGACCAAUCGGUGGGUCAGUCCCAGCAGGUCUAGGGGGACCCAUGGGGGGUCUACUAGGAGCUGGGGACCACUGGGGACCAGGACGUCCCCCUCGCCUGCACAGCCAGAGGAGAUACCGCUCCAGAGGCAGCAGUAGACCAGACCGCUCGCCUGCUGUGGAGGGGAUAGUACAACAGUUUCUCGCAGGCCUCUUUGCCAACUCUGGCGUCCCUGGCUCACCUCCCCUCUCAUGGACAGGGAUGCUGCACUCUAACCCGGGCGAUUACGCCUGGGGACAGGGAGGGUUAGACGCUGUGAUAACACAGUUACUAGGUCAGUUGGAGAACACAGGGCCUCCUCCAGCAGAGAAAGAGAAGAUCUCUUCUCUCCCAACUGUCAAUAUCUCUCAGGAACAAGCAGACUGCUGUAUGGAAUGUCCGGUGUGCAAAGAGGACUUCGCAGUGGGAGAGCCAGUCAGACAGCUACCCUGUAACCACUUCUUUCAUUCAGACUGUAUAGUACCAUGGCUGGAAAUGCAUGACACGUGUCCAGUGUGUAGGAAGAGUUUGAAUGGAGAAGACAGCAGCAGCCAGCCCCCGUCAGAGUCCCCCACCCUCUCCAUGGACCCCCGCACACAGGAGAGAUGGUCCUUCUGAGACACCCACCCGUCAUCCCUCGGUUCUCCUCGCCUACAUCCAACAACAUACCGAGAAGACGAAGGGCUUCUCACUCUCCUCUUUUCAUCUCUGUUGCAGUCAUUAUCAUCUCAGUCUGAUAUUUUUCUUUUGUAUUUUUAUUUUCUAUUUUAAUGCCUUUCUCCUCAACCAUGUAUACAGAUACCCGUACAGACGUCUUAACAGUCGGUCGAGGUCUGCUAGAUCUUCUUUUUUUUGCCUCACAACAAACCAGCCUAGAAUGACGAUGAUCAAGCCCAUGUCUUCUCGACUUCCACCUCUGAAGCAAACUCCUUUUCCAUCUUUCUUAAAAUGCACUGCUGCGAAUACACUAUUGUGGGGAAAUGCCAGACUUUAUAUCAUAUACCACGCCAUCUUAACCCAUCGGAAAAUUAGCGAAAUCCUGCAACUGAGCCCUGUACGUCACAUGGGAAUACUAUAGGGGUUACUUUCACUCUUGGCAUUUACAGAGUGUGGACCUAACAACAUGAACACCGACAGCCCUGCAAUAAAUGUUAUGUUCUGUUGAGAGAUUUUGUCAGGAAGAUCUUGAUUGAACUCUGCUUAUUUAUUCUGGUGAUUUUUUUAUCGGUUUGCAUUGUGAAGGUGUUCAUAUUAUUGCGUCCACGCUCUGCGGUGCACUUCAAUAAAAGAGUAUUUUAUAUAGGAAUCACGUCGUCGCCGCUGUUUAACGGCCACAAAUGGAAAAAUGAAAGCUGUGACAUUGAGUGAAAGCAAGAGGGUUCCUUACACCUAUUGGGAAUAAAAAUUAAAUGUCAUGCCAGUAAGGGAAUGAAAUAAAAAAAUCUACAAAGUUCGUCCCAUUACCUAAUACUUUAGAUUUAAACAUGCUCCUCCUGGUGUAUAUAUUAUAAACAGAUGGCAUCCCUCUGUCGUCUUAUUCCUCUGUUUAUGACCGUCUUUUGUUUCACAUUUUUUAUCACUCUUGAUGUAAAUAAUUUUAGUCCAACAACUUAUGGUUUGCAAAGGAAAAAAAUAAUAAGAAUGGAGACACAAAUGUGAAAUACCAGGUUAUCAAACUGUAUAUUAUAUAUAUGAAAAAAUGUCUAUGAUGUAUUAAUAAAUUGACAAAAAAACUGG